UCACUCGUGUCAACCGAAACUAUUCCGUUACAACACUCAUAAUCAAAGCCCUGUUAAUUGAAGAGAGCUCUGUCUCAAGAAAAAGAACAAAACUUGGUUGGCUUCUUCUCAUCUAACCCAUUCUGCAUUCUCCUUACUUCACUCCUACUAUACGUGGGUCCUCUCCUCCCCCCCUAAUAAUCUAAACCCACUACCCAUGUGUUUACUUCAGUCUAUUCUUCACAUUCAUCUUGUUUCCUUUCUCAUUUUUUACUUCUUUCUUUUAAUGAUUGAGUGAGAAAUGCAAGAUCCUGAGGCUUGAUUUGAACCUUUCUGUUGGAAGGAGAUGGGGUUGCCUCUGAUUCUCAUCUUGCUCAAACUCAUAAUUCUCAGUGUUUUAUCACACUGUGAAUCUGCAGGCUUUGAUAUACCAUCACUUGCAGCAGCUUCUGUGCUUCUCCGUGUAAAUCUGGGAACACUGGACAUAAGGUCUCAUAGAACCAAAAGCCGGACAUUCCUGCAAAAUGACCCCGUAAUCUCUCCUAUGUCAACUUCUCCAAGCUUUGGCUUGAAAAGACAUGGAAUGCUAAUUGCACCACCACCAAAUGAAGCAUUCCACCCUUCUCCAACUAAAGCCCCUGUUCAACACAAUGCCAUGAGGAAAUCCAUUGCACCUUCAACAUCAUCUUUCAAACAUUCUGAAAAAAAUUCGGAGCAUGGAUCUGCAUUUUCGCUUUCAUGGUCAUUUUAUAUGCAUCAUCAUGCAAAGAACAAAAUCGUCAACUUGGCCCCUAGACCAUCUUCACCUGCAUAUGGCCACCAAGGUGUAGGCCCUUCGAUCUCCCCAUUGCAUUCUCGCUUUCCUUCAACAAGAAGGUGGAGCUCUCCAGCACAUGCACCAUCACCAACAACCAUAUCAAGCCAAUCUAAAAUGCCUAUUCCUUCACCUACAGUAUCUCCAUUGAGCUCUUCCUUUAACGAGAAGGCAACUCCACCACACUCACCACUUUUAGCACUACCACCACCUCCUCCUAAUGAAGAAUGUACAUCAGUGACAUGCAAAGAACCAUUGACAUAUACAGCUCCUGGAUCACCGUGUGGUUGUGUGUGGCCUAUUGAAGUCAGACUUCAACUUAGUGUUGCCCUAUACACAUUCUUCCCUUUGGUGUCAGAGCUGGCCAAGGAAAUUGCAGCUAGUGUUUCACUUAACCGAUGUCAAGUUCGCAUUAUGGGAGCAAAUACAGCCAGCCAGCAGCUAGAGAAAACCGUGGUCCUUAUCAACAUGGUACCAUCACGAGAAAAUUUUGAUGAAUCUACUGCAUUCUUGAUCUACAAGAAGUUCUGGCACAAACAAGUUUUCAUAAAGACUGCACUCUUUGGUGCCUAUGAAGUGAUCCAAGUUCGGUAUCCAGGUCUUCCGCCAUCUCCACCUUCAAUGCCUUCAAGCACUACUAUAGAUGGUCAGCCAUAUCCUGGCCAUGACAAUGACGGAAGGACAAUAAGACCUUUAGGUGUGGAUGUGCCAAGGAAUAAGAAGUAUGGGCCUCAUGGAAGUAUCAUUACUGUAAUUGCUCUAUCGUCUGUCACAGCUUUUGUUGUAUCCAUGGGAGCUAUUUGCCUUUUGAUGUUGAAAUUUGGCUGCUUUUAUCAACCUGAACAAAAUCCACCUGUUUUGAUAUCCUCCCAUGGAAAACCAUCAGCAGGGGCUGCCAGGUCAUUGACAUUUGGAAGCAUGCCCAGCUCAGCAUCAAUGCCCUUUAGUUCUAGCUUGUUGGCAUACACGGGAACUGCUAAAAUGUUCAGCCUAAAUGAUAUAGAGAGAGCCACAGAUAAGUUUGAUGCUUCAAGAAUACUCGGGGAAGGUGGUUUUGGACUUGUCUAUAGCGGCAUUCUUGAUGAUAAAAGGAAGGUGGCAGUUAAGGUUCUCAAGAGAGAUGAUCAUCAAGGUAGCUGUGAGUUCUUGGCAGAAGUUGAGAUGCUUAGUCGUUUGCACCACAGAAACUUAGUCAAAUUAAUUGGCAUCUGCGCAGAGGACCAUACUCGUUGCCUAGUCUAUGAACUUGUUCCUAAUGGAAGUGUGGAAUCACAUUUACAUGGAGUUGACAAGGAAGCUGCCCCUCUUGAUUGGGGUGCUCGAAUGAAGAUUGCCCUUGGUGCAGCUCGGGGUUUAGCCUAUCUUCAUGAAGACUCAAGUCCUCGUGUUAUACACAGGGACUUCAAAUCUGGCAACAUUUUGUUAGAACACGAUUUUACACCUAAAGUUUCAGAUUUCGGAUUGGCUAGAACAGCACUGGAUGAGGGAAACAAACACAUCUCAACGCAUGUUAUGGGAACUUUUGGUUACUUAGCUCCAGAAUAUGCAAUGACCGGUCAUCUUCUCGUGACAAGUGAUGUUUACAGCUACGGUGUAGUCCUCCUUGAGCUCCUAACAGGAAGAAAACCUGUGGAUUUGUCACAGCCACCAGGUCAAGAAAAUCUGGUUACUUGGGCUCGUGCACUCCUCACAACCAGGGAAGGCUUAGAAACAAUUAUUGACCCUUAUCUGAAGUCAAAUAUCCCAUUUGAUAGCACAGCCAAGGUAGCAGCAAUCGUGUCAAUGUGUGUGCAACCAGAAGUGUCUCACCGUCCUUUCAUGGGGGAAGUUGUUCAGGCCUUGAAACUUGUCUGCAAUGAGCUUGAUGAGACAAAAGAGACUAUAUCGAGAAGUUGCAGCCAAGAUGCCCUUUCUGUCAAUGUGGAUACUAAGAUAAGUAAAUUUUCGGGUGAGCUUAUGGAAGAAGCUUCUGGGACCCAUUUCCCAAAACCUGGCUAUGAUUCAAUUUCUUACUCAAAGUUAGAAUUAUCAGCUUCAGAUUUGGUGAGUGCAUCAGCACGAUUUGAGGGAGAGGAAUUUGGGUCUUUUAGAAGGAACUCUAAUUCUGCACCUCUGAGAAUGGGGAGAGAAAGGCAGUUCUGGCAAAGAUUAAACAGUUUUUCUGGAGGCAGCACGAGUGAGUAAGCGUUGAUUUUCAUUAAAAUUAUGGCCAAGAUCUUGUUAACUCUUGACAAUGUUCACCAUUAAAGAAAAGCACUUCGAAUGAAUUUGGAGUUACACUUGAAGGAACAGGAGUGAGAGAUUUAUAUUGUGCAGAGGUAUGAAUUGCAGUAAUCUGUAGCCCUUAACAUUGUUUUUUUUUUUUAAAUUGAAAUACUUUUAAAUCCUUUGUGAACCAUAAUCCUUCAUUUAGUGAGAAAUGAGAAUGUAUAUGAAGCACCUGUACUUGAGAUUUAAGCAAGUACAGGACAUGACUAAUGAGUGAAACAUCAUUUCUUCUGUUAGAGGAAUCCUGUAAUACUUCCUAUCUAUGAAGCACAGAAAUUUGAUAUGGCCUCA